AUGCCAGGCUCCUUGGAGCAGGACCCAGAAGCAUGUCACACUGCUUGGAUGUUUCGCCAUGCGUCCCAGAUGCCCUGGUGUCACCAGUGCAAGUUCCACCGCCCACCUCGCACCCUCCACUGUGCGACCUGUAACAUCUGCGUGGAGGAGUAUGACCAUCACUGCAGGUGGGUGAACAACUGCAUUGGGCAUCGGAACUUCUGGCUGUUCCUGCUCCUGCUGGUGUCCUUGUUUCUCUACCUGGUUGCCCUGCUAGUGACCUGUGUCAUCUUCCUGGUGCGCAUCUCGGACAUGCCAUUGUGCAUAGAGAAAAUCAUGUCCUUCAUCGUGGCUCUAUCCGCCACUGGCGCCCUGCUGCCAGUCUUCUUGUUGCUGGUGGUCCUGGUUGUAUCGGUGAACACCGCCAGGAACCCCUACGAGUUACAGGACAACAACCCAUUCGACCAGGGUUGUAUCAGAAACUGGCAUGUCACCCUCUGUGCACCACUGGGGUCCAAGUACAUGUCAGAAGUUGUGUUGCUCCAGCAAGACUCGGGAUCCAAGUGGGAGCCGAUGGCGGCCCUGCAGCCACCAACAUUCUCCCCAGAACACCAUCGCCCGCACCUCCCUGGGCCCAACUCUCAACCUGUGUCUUUUGACACAUCUUAUGAAGGAGCACCAGGGAGUGCAGUCAUCUAG